CAACAUUUUGACAUUUCAUCAAUUCAUUUGACUAGGAAAAUUUUCCAACUCAUUCACAGCUAGUAAUUCAAACUAAAUUGUUUUGUAAAAGAAAUUCGCUAGGAUUGUUUUUUUUUCAAAAUUCAGUCGUUUCGUGUGAGAUACCAAUAAUGCAUUGCUCACAGAUGUAACGAAGUUACAAGAGGACUUGUGAGAACUGCGGGUAGAGCCUAGAAAUCGUUCCCAAAACUUCACUUAUAUCGAGAGCUCUCAAUUGGCGAUAACUAUGGAUGGCAAACAGCCUCAAGACGAUCUUCUGAAAAUGAAGAUUAAUUCUCUGAUAGAGAGGGUUUUUCUCAUAACAUUCAACAAAGAUCCACCAAAAGCCGAAAAUAACCGCAAAGUGCAACAGCUGGUAUACAUGGAGGAUGUUGCCCUGGGGGCCGAUGUGACUAUUCUUGACAUGGAACUGCUCGAACAGGCUUUGUUCGAGCGAAUUAUUUUACCCAACCCGUCUGAUUAUUUGAUCCCAAACAACGUUACCACGGACGAUACCGAUGAUGUGCGCGAAACGCAAGUGGUUAUAUACCUUUUCGCAUGCUAUAUGAGGAACGAGAAGUUGUUUGAUCAGAAGGACAGCAUCGUGGUGGACACCUACCACAAAAUGAAAUCCCUGAUUCUGAGGAACGCGUGUACAGCGUUCAAACAGCCGGAACUGUUCGAGGGACAGGUAUUGUCUAGCCAGUUGCUAACGGCGUUCAAAUCGCUUGAGGAAGACCAAUCGCAGAUAAUGAAAUUUAUCUCGGAAACGACGAAGGAAAUUUUUGCUGAUACCGACGGCGAGGAGGACAUCCUGAGCUCGAUGGAAAACAUGUUUAGCCCGAAACUUGCGUGUGUAAUGAAAGCGAUAAAGAGAUCCUCACUUGUCAACAUUGAAGGGUGGAUUAUGCCGUAUUUGCAUACUUUCACCAGCGACAAAAGCAAUUCGAGAUUGGCGUGUAUAUUUCUGAAAAUGAUUACUCCCCCUGUCGGGGCGAAUGGAAACGAAUUCUCCGACACUGUCCUUGGCCAGCUGCUGUCGAUCUCGAUCAUGCCCGUGAACCAUAACGGACCGUACAUGUACUUCGAGAAUACACUGAGUACGGUUCGGUCGGCCUAUGAUAACCUCACGUCAACGCUGUGGAGCUCCUCCAAGCUACACCUGGAGUCGGUGUACAUCUUUAUCAAGAGCUUCCUCUUGAUGGGAGGAGAAGUGCGCAACAAGAUGCUGGAAUGGAUCGGUAGGUGUCUGCAUGCCAACGUACCGCGGGGUCAAAUCUGGAACAGCCAUCAGAGCCAGAGUUUGUUCGGUUCCCUAACGACGGCGCCGGAUUCGUUCAGCAUUAAUUUAGCCGGAGUACUGCUGAGGCUGUGUCAGCCACUGUUGAAGCCUCAGCUCAAGGUUUUGAUGGUGGAUCCGACUUACUGUGCCGUGAAAAAUCCGGAUAAAGCAGCGAAGGGCGUCCACAUGUUGGACAGCGAAAAGGAAACUUGUCUGCUGCCGGUGGAGGAGGACGAAGUCCGGCUGGAGGCAGAUAAGUACAACUUUGUGACAGAAUGUUUUUUCAUGACCCACAAAGCGAUCGAUUUGGGAUUUCGCGUGUGCAUAGGAAAGUUUUUCCAAAUGAACCGAGAAAUGAAUCGCCUACAGGGAGCCUACCAGGAUACGUUAGUUGGCGGUGGGAUGGCCGAUGCUGAUGGUGAUUUGGCGAACAACAUCAAACAGAUGUUGCUAAGGCAAUCGCAGCAGUUUUUGUGUUUGCAAAACUUGCUACUAGAACCUUCCACCGAUCAGUUGCUGUUGCAGUUCUAUGAAGCGUCCGCGAUUUGGUUGUCUCAGCUGGCCUCUAGGGAUGCCGCUCGGAUUGAUGGGCUGGAACCGGCUAAAGGUUACGCGCCACAGUGCGCCGACGAGGUGCAGCUGCCUUUGACGAACACGAUUUCCAAAGCUUUGAAAUGCAUUCCCGAGUAUAUCGUGGAGAACAUCGUGGGCUACCUGCAGUUCUCGUGCCACUUCGACAGCCAGUCGUUGCCGGUGGACGUGGAAGCCCAGAACAACAUCUUCACCAUGAUCCUUGUCUUUAUGGGAUCCUCGGAACGCAUCCGGAACCCGCAUCUGCGUGCUCGGUUAGCCGAAGGGCUGGAAAGUUUGCUACCAAAGGAGUCCGAAGAUAGGAGUAGAUUCCGCUUCAGUGCUGUGCUCUUCACCAACCACGUGCACCGUCUGGAGAUCAUCCCCAACCUGCUGCGAGUGUUUGUCAGCAUCGAAAUGACCGGCCAGAGCGUUCAGUUCGAGCAGAAGUUCAACUAUCGCCGGCCGAUGUACGCGAUUAUGGAUUACCUCUGGAAGAUAGACGAGCAGAAGCAAUGCUUCCGGGAGUUGGAGCGGGAGGCGAUCGUAAACAUCGAAGCUGAGGAUCCGCCUAUUUUUCUACGCUUUAUCAAUCUGCUCAUCAAUGAUGCCAUUUUCUUGCUGGAUGAAUCACUCAGUAAUUUGCAGCAAAUCCGACAGUUACAAGCGGCACAGGAUGCGGGCGAGUGGACCAGUCUCCCGUCAAGCGAACGACAGCAGAAUCUGGUUAACCUGCGACAUUUGGGAAUGCUAGCCCGUUUCGAUAACAUUCUGGGUCGGGACACCAUCAAUAUUCUACAACUGCUGACCUCGGAAACGAAGGAAAUCUUUUGCCAUUCGUCAAUGGUGGAUCGAGUGGCGGCCAUGUUGAAUUACUUCCUUCUAAACUUGACCGGGCCGAAAAAAGGCAACUUCAAAGUGAAGGAUAAAAAAGAAUUUGAAUUUGAUCCAGCUCGUACAGUGCUGGAGAUCUGUCGGAUUUACGUGAAUUUACAGGAAUGCAGCGCGUUUUGCUUGGCAGUUUCCCAGGAUGGCCGUUCCUACAGUCCACAGUUGUUCGAGUACGCAGAACAAGUGCUGACCCGCAUUGGCGGAGGACAACUGAUAGGAGAAAUCCAGGAAUUCUCUGCUCGCGUUCAGGAGCUGGAUGCGCAGCAGAAAAUCGAUGAGGAGGCCCUCAUCGAUCCGCCGGAGGAGUUCCUCGAUCCGAUCAUGUCCUCGCUGAUGACCGAUCCGGUGAUAUUGCCCAGUUCGCGAAACGUUGUCGACCGGUCGACGAUCGCCAGGCAUCUGCUGUCCGAUCAGUCGGAUCCGUUCAAUCGAUCCCCGCUAACCAUGGACCAGGUCAAGCGGGACGUGGAACUGAAGGCCCGCAUUGAGGAGUGGAUACGGGAUCGGCGUGCGCAGCACAUCGCCAACAGGACGGGUGAAGCGGCGGUUGGUUCAGAGUAGAAAAUUAUAUUAUUACCCAUCAACAUCAGCCAUUAUCUAUCUGUGGUCAUUCGUUUCAAUGCAAUAUUCGUUCCAUUCGUACUCUAUUGUGUGCAGAUUACGACUAGUGAGGUGAUGCGUAAAAUAAAAUAGUGAAGAUUUAUUUUUUUCUGAUUAUCGUUUAAAGGGUGAAAAAUUAUUAGUUCGAUGUUUCGAACAUGUUUGUAGCUGAGACCAUUCGAAGGCGAUACAAAAGACAUGUGUAGCUUUUUUAAGAUCCAAAUACAAACUAUUUAACAC